AUGUCAAUAACGUUCGAGAGAAAUAGUCCCGGCAACGAUCAUCGGAUCGAACUUUCGGGUUUUGCUCGACACCAGAUGAAUUUUGUCUCUCCUAUUUAUAACUCACAGGAUUUUCCGGCUGCUGAUCGAAGGCUAGCAGAAGUAGAGCCUGAGGAUGAGGACCGGACCGACUCUGUGUCGUCGUCAUCGACGUCUUCGAUUGGGAAGAACAGUGAUGAGGAGGUGUCAGGCGACGGCGAAGGUGAAGAGGUGCAGAGUGAAUACAAUAAAGGGGCCCUGGACAGUUUGGAUGCUUUAGAUGAAGUUUUGCCCGCGAAGAGAAGUAUAUCAAAGUUCUAUUGUGGUAAAUCCAAAAGUUAUACCAGUCUAUCUGAUGUUACAUCAUUAUUCUCCGCAAAAGACAUGGCUAAACCAGAAAAUGCUUACACCCGCAGACGCAAGAACUUGCUUGCACACAAGUAUUUCUUGGACAAGAAUUUUAGUAACAAUUUAAGAAGCAACAGCGGUGGGAUAUCAAAAAGAUCAGCCAACUCUAGAAGCACAUUGGCUCUUGCAGCGACUAUGAGUAAUAACAGCAGCGCUUCUAGCUCGAAUUCUUCCUCACCUAAUCGCUGCCUUCCUCCUCUACCACCGCAUGCAAGAAGGCCUACAAAUUGUGAAUCUUUAUCAUCAUCUCCCGUUGAGAAGUUUACUUCGUUGCGAUCUUUCUCUUUAUGUGAUCUACAAGCUGCUGAUGCUGCAAGUCCUAGAUUUACUGGUCUAUUUGUCAACAAGAGAGAUACAUAA